CACAAUGACUUCCAUCAUCCCCCCAACAGGCGACCUCCUCGUCGUCCUCCCAUUCACCCCAGCACUCCUAGCAGACCCAUCACCCCUCCUCCCACUCCUCUACUCGGCCGCCAAGAGCGUGUCCGGAUCCGUCACUGUCCUCUUCUCCACCCCGGCCUCCGACCCCGACGGCCUUCAACUCUACGCCACCCUCCGUGCUGCGCCCAAAGCGCACUGGUCGGCCCUCUCGCACUUUCUCGCGCAGGCAUACUCUGCCCUCGCAGCCGGUCAGCAGGCCGCAGACAACUUCCUCACAGAGGUAGAGGUCCGAUUCGACGGAGAACUAGGCGAGUGGCAACACAAGCUCCCGGCAAUUCCCCAACGCGUCAUUGUCCUUGAUUCACACAAGGACCUCGCAUCCCGUAUCCUCGAGACCGCCGGCGUCACCGCACCCCACCACACGGUCCCGUCCCCUCGUCUCCCCCCACCCGGCUCAUUGCAGCCAGCCACCCCAGCCCCCGGCUACCCUGUAACCGCACUCGGCGGCACAUUCGACCACCUCCACGCCGCGCACAAGAUCCUGCUGCAUAUCGGCCUGUUCGUGACCGAGAAGCGCUUGUUUAACGGUAUCAUCUCCCCCGCACUCUUGGCAAGCAAGAGCAACGCUCAUCUCGUCGAGUCGCUAGAGCAACGUAUCGCAAACGUCGCUGCAUUCCUGAACCGCACUGGGCCAGGAGACACCCUCGUUGAAGUCGAGGAAAUCAAAGACGCACUCGGCCCCACUGCCUGGGACCCGACAAUCAAAGCACUCGUUGUCAGCCGCGAGACUCUCGACGGCGGCGCACAUAUCAACAAGGUCCGCAAGGCCGACAAUCUCGACGAACUCACCGUUCUCUCGAUCGACGUCAUCUCGUCUGAUAUCGACGGCGUAGCAGACGACAGCCACUUCCGUACCAUCAACCUCGCGUCCGCCACCGACGCACAGCUCAAGACUGACAAGUUUGGAUCCUCUGGAAUUCGCUCCUGGAUGUCCAACCACGGUAUCAACGGCCCCGGCGGCCUCGCCUCGAGCCCCAACGUUCCCCGCCCGGGCGCGACGAUUGACCCCGCCACUGGCAAGCCCCACACUGCUGGCCUGACGCGUGCCGAGCUCGAGGCCAAGCGUGCCUUUGAGGCGGCCAACUCUGGCGGCGGCGGCGGCCUCCAGUCCAGCCCCAAUGUGCCCCGCCCCGGCGCGACCAUCGACCCCGCCACUGGCAAGCCGCACUCGGCGGGCCUGACGCGCGCCGAGCUUGAGGCCAAGCGCGCCGCCGAGGCGGCCAACAAGUGAUCUGUAAACCGAAUAAACCGUUGUAGAGCAGAGAUGAUGACAUACAAAUGAUGUGAUGGGUAUACAAAUGCGAGAUAUA